GUAAUUUGUGAGCUAUCAUUUAUAACACUCUUCUCCAUACAGAUUUUAAAUUAUUUUACAAUUUGUUACUAUAAAUAAAAACGUUUUGGUUGGCAAAAUAUUCCUUAAAUCCAAAGUGAAUGAAACUAUAUCUUUAAAAGAAGUUAAAAUUAUCAAAAAGGAAUUAAAAUUCGAAAAAGCGGUAAAAUUUAUUAUGUUACUACUGUUUUAAAAGAAUAAAUAAAGAUAAUUAAUAUGGGUGGAACUGAGAUAACAUCCCCUUUACCAUACGAAUUCCCGAGUUUAAAAAUAAAUGCUAUAGAAUAUUCAUUAAAGGAAACGCUGUCAAAUUUCAAAGAUUUGGUUAUUGAAAUAAAUAAAUUGCAUUCAGAAAAUCAACAUUUAAGAAGUAUUUUAGAUUCAGAUAAAUACAAUAAGGAAAGUUCUCUGUGUUGCAGCUGCGAAUCACUUCAGACAGAAGUUAUAUCUAAGGAAAAAAAUUUUUAUUCAAUAUUGUCAGUUAUAAAAAAGUUAUGCGACACAAAGGAAAUAUCAGCGCUUAAUUCAAUAAGGGAGCUGACGAACUCAAAUACAGAAAUAUCAAAGAACUGUUCUGCAUAUGAUUAUAAAGAAACAAGUCCAUGCAAAGGCAUUAAAGAAGUGAAUCGUGAUACCACACUAGAAAUAGAGGGUACUCCAACCGGCCGGAAAAGUCCAAUUAUACAAAGCAAGAAAGGCAGAAAUCAACAAAACAUAAAAGAUAAGAUAAAAUGCCCCGACGACUGGCCAACACCAGAGAGGAAGAGUAUAAAACUAUCAUUUCCAUCCCCGAAUCAACAAAAAGCUGCCGGAAGAUUAAAACAGUCUAGACUAAGUCUGGUGAAGACAAAGAAUAUUAACACUAUAGACCUCACGAGUUCUCCGGAAUGUACUAAAAACUUAAAUGAGACAGAAAUACAGCGAGACGUAAAGAAAGAUAUUUUCGAUAGUGACACCAUUCUACCAUCACCGACCAGUGGUGUUAUAAAACUUCCAGUAUACAAAACUCUAACCAAAGACAGUCCGAAUAAAAUCAAAAGGCAACAAAUGUCAAUGAAAUUGGAUUUAGAAGUAGCGCCAAACAAUACAAGUGGUGCCGGCAGCUCCAGUGAUGUUGAACAUUCGUUUAAUAUUUUACAGAAUUAUACCAAAAGAUUCAAAUCACCGAAAGCUUUUAAACCAACGUACUCCAACCAAAACGAAAGCAUGUCGUUACUGAGGAUGAAAAACGCUGAACCCAGCAGCGACACCCGGAGCCCGACCAAGAAGCCGUUGUAUGAGAACGUGAACAUCAUGAACAGAUCAGUUGAUGGCGAGCCGAGCUCGUCCUCACCGACAGCUCCAGCAACAACGAAGAUAGCUAAGAACAAUCAGCUGUAUAAAGUGGAGCCUCUCUUUAAAGAGCCGAGUGUCAGAAAUAAGGCAGAGAAAAGAUCGUUACCAGGCUGGAGUUGUGACGAGUGCAGAGAUUUCUUCGACGAGCUAUAUAAAGACGACCCGGUGAUGUUGGCGCGUAAGAUGAACGAGUGUUCGAAGCAUCGUGGUCGGAACAAUCCCGUGAGACCGAACACACCCGGCGGGUUCUGGGAACCACGAUGGGAUGUGCCUGACGAUACUGAGGAGUUCAACAGGAGGAAUAACGUCUGAUAGCGGUUUUGUACAUAGUCUUAGGAAUUGUGUACAAAACGUCAGUAUACACUUCUAUGAAGUGUGUACAACACAUAAUGUAAUAUACUUCUAUGAAGUAUGUACAACAUGUAACACAUUUUAAAUUUUAUAAAGCGUCCCAUAUCAUAACAGCAUUAAUUGCUUCAUAUACGUAAGGACAUUUUGUAUAAGCAUCAGUGAAUGUGUUACUGUAUUAAGGUUUCUUCCCAAUAACAAUGUUGGGUGCAGUAAGUAAUGAUUAUAGUUUUUUUAUACAAUAAAAACGACUACUUUCUCUACAUAUUUAUUAUAAGUGUCACUGUGAUUAAGGAUUCUCACUGUUAUUUGAAAAAUAUUUACUACUCUGUGAAAUAUUUUAAAUAUUACAAGGUCCCUAUCUUUAACAAUAUACUUUCUAUAUACUGAUUGCUGUAAAUAAACAAGUACCAAAAUCUUCUU